AUAAAGGCCAUGAAAAAACAGUCCGAUUUGCACUGCGCUUUAGUUCAUUAUUAUGAAAAGUCUGACUCUCCUAAUUUCAUUCGGCUUGAUACAACAAGUUUGGGGGCUGGAUAAUGGACUUGCCCUAACGCCGCCAAUGGGGUGGCUGAGCUGGGAGCGAUUUCGGUGUCUCGUCGAUUGCGACUUGUAUCCAGAUGAAUGCAUUAGCGAAGCCCUAUUCAAGCGAACGGCCGACCGAUUGGCCAGCGACGGCUACUUGGAGGCUGGAUACGAGUACAUUAUCAUCGAUGAUUGCUGGGCGGAUAAGCAACGAGAUGCCGACAAUCGGCUACGGGCUGAUCCAGAUCGAUUUCCAAACGGAAUUGCGCCUCUGGCAGAAUAUGUGCACAAUUUGGGUCUAAAAAUGGGCAUCUAUGGAGAUUAUGGUACGCUAACAUGUGGAGGGUAUCCUGGAAGUAUUGACCACUUGCAACUGGAUGCUGAAACAUUUGCGGAAUGGGGCAUCGACUAUUUGAAACUCGAUGGAUGCUACGCAUCGACCGCCGGAAUGGAAGAAGGCUACGCCAAAAUGUCCAGGUAUUUGAACGAAACUGGACGCCCCAUUGUGUUCUCCUGCAGCUUUCCUGCUUACGAACAGUUGGAUACGAAUUACUCCAGAGCAGUGGACAUUUGCAACCUUUGGAGAAACUACGACGAUAUUGACGAUUCCUGGGAAUCCGUAAGCGAUAUUUUCCAGUGGUUCAGCGACAAUCAGGACUAUUUGAGGCAGUUUGCCGGUCCUGGGCACUGGAACGAUCCAGACAUGUUGAUAAUCGGGAACUUUGGGCUCAGCCUGGAGCAGUCCAAAGCGCAAAUGACCAUCUGGUCCAUAAUGGCGGCGCCUUUGAUCAUGUCCGUGGACCUGGACACGGUUAAACCCCGAUUUAAGAACAUUCUGCUCAACAGGAAUGCGAUCAGGAUCAAUCAGGACCCAUUGGGGAUUCCUGGAGAACUGGUGUCUAACAUUAGUGACAUUCUGCUGUGGAGGAAGUCCUUGAGUGGAAACGGGGUGGCUUUGGGCGUGGUCAGCACCCGAGUAGACGGUUACCCCUAUCGCUACGAGAUUCCUUUAAUAGAUUUUCUGGACGGUGACAGAGAAUACCAUAUAGUGGACGUUUUUGCGGAUAUUGAUGGCCAAAAACGCAGUGUGCAUUUGGGGAGUGUCAAUAUUACGGUUCGAGUGCCCCCAACAGGUGCGGUUCUCUUGCUGAUUACACCCGUGGAGCUAAUGAAUUGACCGACUUGUCUACAAGCAUAAUUUGAAGACUUUUUACCAGCAAAUGAAUAACAACCCUGCCGGCCACUAGCUAAAUGUAUUUUCGCACUUUAACUGAGGCCAGUAUCUUUAUUGCUGUAAUAUAAAACAUGCACACAUCGA